AGUUUAGACCACACACACCCCCUGUGUGGAGGUGGGGGACCUCUUCCUGAGCUAGAAGCUGAACAGAGAAGCUCCUUGGCUCUCACAGAGCAUUCUGGAACAUAUAAAGAGCGUGCCGGGGAGCCGGGAUUCAGGGGCGAUGGCCGUGGCGCUGCUGGAGGGCUGGUGCAGGAUCAUGAACGUGGAUGACCAGAAGGCGCUGAUGGUGACGGGCGUGCCCGUGGACUGUGAGGAGGCGGAGGUCCAGGGCGUGCUGCAGGAGGCCUUCAAGGCACUGGGCGGGUACCGGCUGCUGGGCAAGAUCUUCCGCAAGCAGGAGAACGCCAACGCGGUCCUGUUGGAGCUGCUGGAGCCCACCGACGUGUCCGCCAUCCCCGCCGAGGUGCAGGCCAAGGGGGGCGUCUGGAAGGUGAUCUUCAAGACCCCCAACCAGGACACAGAGUUUCUGGAGAGACUGAACCUGUUUCUGGAGAAGGAGGGACAGACGGUGUCCGGCAUGUUCCGGGCCCUGGGACAGGAAGGGCUGUCGCCGGCCACCGUGCCCUGCAUCUCGCCCGAGCUGCUGGCGCAUCUGGUGGGGCAGGCGGUGGCCCACGCCCCGCAGCCCCUGCUGCCCAUGAGGUACCGCAAGCUGCGCGUGUUCUCGGGCAGCCCGGCGCCCGCGCCGGAGGAGGAGCCCUUCGAGGUGUGGCUGGAGCAGGCCACGGAGAUCGUCAAGGAGUGGCCGGUGGCCGAGGCGGAGAAGAAGAGGUGGUUGAUGGAGAGCCUGCGCGGGCCGGCGCUGGACCUCAUGCGCAUCCUGCAGGCCGACAGCCCGGCCGGUGGCGUGGAGGAGUGCCUGGAGGCCUUCAAGCAGGUGUUCGGCAGCCUGGAGAGCCGCCGCACCUCGCAGGUGAGGUACCUGAAGACCUAUCAGGAGGAAGGGGAGAAGGUCUCGGCCUACGUGCUCCGGCUGGAGACCCUGCUCCGGAGGGCGGUGGAGAAGCGGGCCAUCUCCCGGAGCAUCGUGGACCAGGUGCGCCUGGAGCAGGUGAUGGCCGGCGCCAGCCUGAGCGGGGCCCUGUGGUGCCGGCUCCGGGAGCUGCAGGAGCAGGGGCCCCCGCCCAGCUUCCUGCAGCUGGUGAAGGUGAUCCGGGAGGAGGAGGAGGAGGAGGCCACCUUUGAGAGUGAGAACGCGCCUCCUCCGGAGCGGGAGGAGAGGGAUGGGCGCGGCCGCUGGGAGAACAAGGUGGACCACUGA